AUGACCGGCAUUAGCUCGAUGAUUGACUCGUGCGAGAAAUUUCUGGAAACCGAGGUGCUAGGCCAAUUCAGUUCCGAAUCAAAGACUGUUCAUGGGCAUGACAUCCCGGAGGUUCUCUCUACUGGAACACUGGAUGGAAACUGGAGCGAGGAAGCUUCAGUCCUAGAUGAAGAUGAAAAGUUUCAAAUUCAUGAGGCCUCCAUAAAGAAGAGUUUUUUGAAAGAGGGGGGCCCAAAUCAAGAGAUGAAAUUGUCUCGGUUUGCUGUAUUGAUAGAUCUGUGCUACAUAAUGAGCCAGAGAGAAAAGGAAAUUUCCAGGAAGUGGAUUUUGCUUCAAUUUGAGCUUCUGAGACUCUCAAUGGGUCUUCUUCACCUGCCUCAUGAGCACCUGGAAUUCUGGCCUUUCCUUGAAUCAAGAAUUGAGCGACUGAAGGCAGGGUUUUCCUCUAAAGUAGAGUAUGGCUCAACAAAUCUUACAGCAAUCAAAGCACCUUUCUCUAAACUGGUAUUUUCUUUAAACAAAAUGCUACAGGACAUGCGAGCUCAAAGCCGACUUUUAACACCCGCCCAUUUCCAAUUAAUGGCCAAAAUACACAGUUUUCUGGCGCAGUGCCUCUCCCCCGCCGAACCCGCCAAUGCUAAUAGAAAGGGUGACAUUGCUAGGAGCUUACCACUGGAAAUUUGGGAUUUGAAUGUGACUAGUCCACAGCAUUUCAAAGACUUCCAUAGCAGCUGGACUAGAAUUCAGGAACACUUUAUCAGAAAACCUUUGAACUGGGUCUAUGGCGAUUCCUCUUUUAGGGCUAAUUUUGAGAAGGAUAUUACCUUGAUAAUAGAUGAUGUGUUGAAGACCGAAUUACGCUUUUACAGUACUGUGAAGCACAGAGGAGCCUGCUCAAGGGCUCCUGUAGCCAGGCUAAACGAGGUUACUUCUCAGUCUAUAAAUAUGACAAGAAGUUCGAAACCCGCGGACUCCUUAUGCAGUAGAGAUGCAGACGCAACAUCUUUGGAGGAGAUAAAUGAAACGUACUUUAAAAUGCGCCUCUCACUACAGCCAUUACCAUUAGAUUGGCCCUCAUGGAGCCCCGCGAAAAUCCAUUUCCUCAUCAGAAAUGACAGAAUUGAUAACUAUCGUAAAUCAUUUCUGGAGCAAAUGUUAAUUACAGCUGACCUUAUCAAUGCGAUUUUAACAGACAGCUUGACAUACAAAUUUUACCGGUCACAAGUUGAAUCUACCGAGAAGCAUGCGGAUUAUGACCUUGAUGAUGAUGCCAAGGUCCAAUUGUCAAAUUUUGUUGUCAAGCUUGUGAGGAACAGAAUUUUGGAGUUUUACAAAAUCUGGGAUCCAACGUUCUUUAUUCUAAUGGAAGCCUUGCUGAAAGGGGAGGCAAAAUCAAGGAAUCUCAAAAUAACUAAAGGCUCUAAAAUGUUUGGUGACUUCAAAUAUUUGACAGAGGAUAUAAUUUUCGUUCCAGCUUCGAACUGUUCCUCUUUCAAAAAGUUCGGUUGGAUUCGAUUGGGAAACAAAAAAAUUGAUAGCGCGUGGAACUUAAGAACUGGCCUCGAUCAGCUACCAGUUGUGCCUGAAACUCCUCAGGAAUGUUACGAUCAAUUUCAGAAAGAGUUUAAAGAGAGUAAUCAAAAACAAGAUAACGCCGAACCCGACGAAGCUAUUGUACAACAUUGGCGCCAACUUCGCUUUUUAAGAGAGCGGUACCUGUUUGAACUAAGCAAAGUUGACGAGGAAACGGGCCCGGGUGGGCUGUUUGAUGUUUCUUUGAUAGCCGCGUCGAAAAAGAGAAAAUACUUAAGGCGACAAGUGCUUCAACAAGAAAAGUUACAUCAGCACGCUGAGAUGCUAAAGCAGGCACGGGAAUUCGUAUAUCAUAAGCGCAAAAACGAGGUUGCAGAUGAAAGUGAAGAGAAUGCCGCAACGAAAGUCCAGUGUGUUGGAAGUUCAGAAUUUAGAAAUCUGACAAAUGCUGAUGAGUUGAACGAUACUCUGUCGUCAACACAGAACGCACAUCGAAGUCUCUCUGCGAGCAAAAACCCACUCUCUACGUUUCAGACGGAACCGAAAAGCGUAGAUGCUUCACCGCGCGAUGAAACGGCUCAAACAACCAUGACGGUCGAUGGGGCAGCCCAAGAGGGUACCUCUGCUUCGCCCCAUCCACCCGAAGUUACAGCACAAGAAAAUGCAUCGACACAGCGACCAACUGUCUUAGAGCAAGAUGAUACGUCACGCCCUGAUAUCUCGCAGGUAGCUGCCAAAGAAUCUCCCAAAAUUUCCGGUAACAGUGACUCACCGGUCGACGAGAAGACGCUUGAAAUCAGUGAAUCGAAUUGA